UUUCAAAUGGCUCGAUUUUUGACAAGAUGUUCCACUCAGUUGAAAACCUGAAGAAGCAAAGAAAACAAUCAAGAAUCUACCUUUUGCAAUUUGCAAAGAAACGUCAAAUAAUAAAGUAAAAACCUAGUAAUAUCGACUUGGAAGCUCAAUAUUCAAGCAGACUGAAAGUUAGAAAUUCUGACGAUGUCUCUGUGGCCGUUGCUGUUCUCUGCCUGGUGGGCCGGCUUGGACCAACCGCACAUGCUCAUGGACCAAAAUUUUGGAUUGGGCCUCAGUUCUGAAGAUUUAAUACCUCCAACAUGGCCAGACAGAUGGGCUGGACCCUGGCCCGAUCUUUUGGAAACAGAAGAAAGUGGUAAAUCGACAGUUACAACUGAUAAGGACACCUUUAAAGUAAUCCUGGAUGUGCAGCAGUUCAAGCCAGAGGAAAUUAAGGUGAAGGUCGUGAACAGGUUCGUCAUCAUCGAGGCAAAACACGAAGAUAAGAAAGAUGAACAUGGUUUAAUUUCGAGACAAUUCAUCAGAAAGUACUCCGUUCCGGUACAGGUGGACAUCGAACAACUAAAGUCCAGUAUAUCCACGGAUGGCGUUUUGACUAUUACCGCUCCUGUAAAGAAACUUCCUGAGCAAACUGGAAAACCUGCAAUUCCAGAAAGUUCGGAAAACCCUAAGAAAUCUUCAAUUGAUAAGACAAAUGAGUCAGGAAAUGAAAGGGUGAUCAAGAUCGAGCAAACUGGAAGACCUGCUAUUCAAGAAAAUGCGGAAAACUCGAAGGAAAAUUCAUUUGAUAAGACCGACAAGACGGAAAAAGGAGAGGUGAACAAGGUCGAACAAACUGGAAAACCUGCGAUUGGAGAAAAUAAGGAAAACCCUAAGGAAUCUUCAUUUGAAAAGACCGAUAAGACGGAAAAAGAAAAUGUGGCCAAUACCGAGCAAACUGGGAAACCUGUGAAUCUGGAAAGUGCGAACAACCCUGAGGAAACUUCUUUUGAUAAGACCGAUAAGGCGGAAAAAGAAAAGGCGGGCAAUGCCGAGCAAAUUGGGAAACCUGUAAUUCCAGAAAGUGCGAAAAACCCGGAGGAAACUUCAACUGAUAAAAUCGACAAGGCGGGAAAAGAAAAAGUGGUUAAUGCCGAGCAAAAUGGAAAACCUGCGAUUGGAGAAAAUACGGAAAACCCAAAGGAAACUUCAUUGGAUAACACCGAUAAGACGGAAAAAGAAGAGGCAAACAAAGUUGAACAAACUGGAAAACCUGCGGUUGGAGAAAAGACGGAAACCCCUAAGGAAACUUCUGCUGAUAUGACCGAUAAGACAGGAAAAGAAAAUAUGAUGAAGGAUCAGCAAUCGGGAAAACCUGCGAUUCAAGAAAAUGCUGAAAAACCUGAAGGAAACUUCAACUAAAAGACUCGACAUGAACAAUAACACGAACAGAGAAAAGUCAGCCCCGUGAGGAAAGAUUGAGGCAAGACACAAAAUCGGAAAAACAAUUUAUUGCGUUGUCUGAUCAAUUAUUACGCUAAUCAAUUUUUACGUCAUUACGUCACUCGCACGAUUAUACAUUUAAGUUGAAUUAUUUCAGUUGUAUGAAUUAUUUAAGU